GGGAGAGGAGAUCCCAACAAAGAAAGCGCGUGUUUGGAGGAGCUGCUGGGAAGUAGGAUCCUGCCCCAAACUUUCGCUUGAUCUUCGUUCCUUGUUGAGAUUCGGGGUUUUCCCGAACGCUUUCGGGAGCGGAGGACUCUGUUCCGAACUUUCCCGGAGAGUCAGCACAACCCGGCAACGAAACUUCAAACCCGGCAGAAGCAACGCCAGUCCCACAUUCAUGGGUCCAAGUAAAAAAGUGGAUUUGAAAAUCAUUAUCAUUGGAGCCUUGGGUGUAGGAAAAACUUCUCUCCUACAUCAGUAUAUUCACAAGAGAUUUUAUGAAGACUAUCGCACCACCCUGGGAGCUAGUAUUUUGUCCAAAGUUAUGGAAGUAGAUCACACACCACUGAAAUUGCAGAUUUGGGACACUGGAGGCCAGGAACGAUUCCGGUCCAUUGUGUCCACAUUCUACAAAGGUUCAGAUGGUUGCAUGCUGGCUUUUGAUGUCACAGAUAUGGAUUCUUUUGAGUCCUUGGAUGUUUGGAGGAAUGAUUUUCUUCAGAAAGUCAACUCUACAGAGCAAGGCUUCCCAAUGGUUGUGCUGGGGAAUAAAAUUGAUCUGAAAGAUCGACAAGUGUCCAAGGAGAUGGCUUCAUCAUGGUGCAAGGAGAAGGAUAUAGCAUAUUUUGAAGUUAGUGCCAAAAAUGAUAUUAAUGUGGUGCAGGCUUUUGAGACCCUGACAAGGCAAGCCCUAUCAAGAUAUCAAGGGGUGAUUGAGAGCUACCUAACCGAAUCUAUAAAGCUAAGUCCAGAAGAUCAGCCCACAACCAGAUGUUGCUGACAUCUCGUUUGGAAUGAUUGACAUUUGGAUACAGUUUGAAAGCUGGCACGUGGAACAGCUGCUGCUACUGGGGAAUGCUGCUCAUCAGGGUGAAAGAUGAACUAAUAUAACAAUAUUGCCCUUUGGCAUCCCAGCAAAGAUAGAACAGACUGCUCGUGAACACACAGACAUUUAGAAAUCAACAUCAAAUAUUGGGAAAAUAUUUACCAAAUGAAAGAUUUAUGUCCUUACUGUAUCAGUCAGACUCUUCUCAGAUGACAUUUUGAAGUUCAGAUUUAUGUUCCAGAACACUCCAUGGAAUGAUAUGAUCUCAUAUUGAAACUGAUUCCUAGUUUUUGUCAUGUUCUUUUGAUAAAACUAUAGUAGAUAAUAUCUGGAUCAUCUUGGAAAGGCUUGGUGUUUUCUAGAUAUGGCUUAAUUCCCAGAUGGCACAUCUGAAGGUGCUAGAGUGGGUUGGGGAAAGUGGAUCUACAUAAUUCAGGAACUGCUACUUAAUAUACACAUGUAGUGCCAUAGGUAUAUGUCUCAUUUUAUUCCCACAACUGUCAUGAGGUAUGUUGAGUUGAGAAAGAGUAACUUGCUCAAAACCAUCCAGUGUACUUCCAUGGUAAAGAGUUGACUCGAAUCUGAAUCUUGCAUAGUCUGGGUCCAACAUUCAAACACUAGAUCACCCUAGUUACAGCUUGGUUUCCCCUCUCAGUUCCUGCCUUUGAAAAUGCAAUGUUAAUCUAAGAAUAUUGAUUUUACAGCAGAAAUGCAAUAGAAACAGAGGGUCUUGAGCAAAAAAAUACUGUAAAACUAUAAAUGCAGAUUCCAUUUUCAGGGUGCUUAUAUUUUGUAGAAGGUUAGUGCUUACUUAAGCAGGUUUACAGAGAAUUUUUUAAAAAUACUAAAGAAAAAUGAAAUAUUGGAAAAGGGAAUAUAAUAGAAUCAAUUUGUACAUGGAAAUAUAUAGCAGGCAUUUGAAAAAGGGAUUUCUUUUUAAAAACAUUGGAUAUGUAAUUCUUUCUUACCAUUGUUCAAAGAUCCUGUUUUUUACUGAAAAGAGUUUCAGAUGUGAAUUGUAUUUAUAUGCCAUAGAUUGAAGCCAUUUUCAGAAAAGAUGUUCUCACAUUGAAUCUGUAUGGAAAUUGGAAGCAUAAUCAGGCCAAUUAUUGUCGUGUCAGCCUGCUGUCUGCUUCUUUGUUGAAUAUACUUACAAGAAGGAAGAACUUAGGUACUGGAGAAAAAUACUUUCUUCCUGUAAUAGUUAAUGAUGCAUAAGUAUGGAUCAAGGAGCAGGUAAACUAGAACACAAGAGAUAUAGAUCAGGUCAAGACUAGCUGGUGCAAGCAUCUGUUCUUUGCUCAUAUAUUGAUUGAAUGUGUCACCUUCUUUUAAACUAAAACAAAAAGGCUGGACUAAUAUUGAAAAUAUACAGCUCAGCCAGUACAGACAACAACUGUAAUAAAAUGUUAAGUUAA